GUCAGUUUGAAGAAUCAGGCAGUACCCUAUGGGAAUAUCAUUAAAAACAACUCAUAUAGAAUGGAGGGUCUGCCUGAUGGUGUUAUUUUCAAAGACCCUAAUUCUUAUGGUUUGUCUACUCUUAGGCAAAUCAUAAGCCAGAAAGAAUCCAUCAAAUUUGUAAACGUGACACCAGCUUCCACACUUGCCUCAUCUGCAACAUCAUCCAAGGAAUUAGAAAAUGGAAAUAUUACGGAUGUCACGGAUGCUCCAGCUAUUCCUUUAGAACUGAGAGAAGUACCCAUGGAGGAAGUAGCCGAUGCUAUAGAUAUUACUAUAGAAUUAGAAAAUGGAAAUAUUACGGAUGUCACGGAUGCUCCAGCUAUUCCUUUAGAACUGAGAGAAGUACCCAUGGAGGAAGUAGCCGAUGCUAUAGAUAUUACUAUAGAAUUAGAAAAUGGAAAUAUUACGGAUGUCACGGAUGCUCCAGCUAUUCCUUUAGAACUGAGAGAAGUACCCAUGGAGGAAGUAGCCGAUGCUAUAGAUAUUACUAUAGGUGUUUCAGACACAUUAGCCCAUGCUGUUUCCAGUGAUGCUGUAGAGGAGCAUGGUGUUGAAGUACUUACAGGUUUGAUUACAGUUUUUUCUGCAUUAUUUUAG